GUUUGAAUCCUUAGCUUCCAGCGAGUGGCUUCGAAUGUUCCGAUGCUUCGACUGGCGCUGCUGAGCGCUUUGCGCCUCGCGGCCUCUUCCGAGCCCAGCUGCGAGGCCGCCGGCGCAGCGUCAUGCGAAUCCCCUCACGCGGCUGCCGCGUCUUCGGCGUCCGCGACAACUCUUCCGCGCCAAGCGCAAGGCCAAGGCCACGAGGCAGGGCUUUUAGCAUUGCAGCUGGCCUCGGACAACCGCAGGUGGCAGGUGUCGCAAGUGCUGCCGGACCGGCGCUUGGGUGACCUGCAGCUGGCGGACGAGUACCUCGCGGAGGGUGUCCUCUCAGCCUUUCGGAGGACUGACGAGGAGCAGCUGCUGGUGCUGCGAACUCUGAAGGGUGGAACCAGGAGCUUCUUAGGGCCGAGGUGGAGGGAGCUGGGCCCUGUGGAGGAGGGGGGACCUGCAGUGAGCUCUUUGAGCGCGGCGCGUGACGGCCGGCUGCUGGCGCUCGGGCACCGCGGGGGGCUGGUGACUCUGCGCGCCUUCGAGGGCGGGGCGUGGCUGGAAGUGGCGCGGGCAAAGGUUUCGCACCACGAGUGGGAGACUGUGACUCUCACAGCCCUCAGCGAUGAUGGUGGACUUCUCCUUGCGGCGAGCGAGGACAACGUGAUGCUCUUCCGGUUGGAGGCAGAUGAGGUGACGGAGGUGAAGCACCUGCAUGGGGGCGCUACCCAGAUCUCUGCGGCGUGCAUCGCGGAGCUCUCCGAGAAGCGACACCUGGCGGUGGUGGCCUACCAGAGAGGGGGCUUAGAAGGCUGGACGGUGGAUGGCCGGACACUCCAGGUGGCCUGGAAAAUCCCCGGGGAACGGCCGAUGGCGCGCCUGGAUGCGGCGCUUGCAGCGGACUUGCCAUCCAUGCUGUUAGCGGCUGCGGGCACCGAUGGCAGCGUCACCGUUUGGUCCCUCACCGCCUCGGGCGCCUUGGCCUCGCCGGCCGCCGGGCGCUGGAGCAGCGGCCCGCGCUCCGGCGCGGCCAGCUGCCUGCGGCUGCUGCGCAUCAAGCCCGCGCUGGUGGGGAUCCUGCGCUACGGCAAGGAGGCCCCGCAGUGGCUCCUGGCCACUGGCUUCCAGAAGGAGGUGGUGGUCCUGGACCCGCUGACCGGCUCCGAGCUGCAGCGGUUCAAGGGCCGCCAGCCGGUGGCGGCUUGCCAGUGGCGCUGA